GAUAAGGGAUGCGCCCAUAGGUCGUAGAAGAAGACCGCGCGUUACCAAACAGCUGAGCCGCGCGCUGACAGUUGCUCCACUGCCUCCGACUGAAGAGCCGACCGACAUGGACCGAAGCGUGUGCAUACCGGGCCAGCCCAACAGAGCCACCACAGUGACUCUGGUGGAGAGCAGCAGCGCCCCCGGCGGCCUUGAACUGGUCAGCUCCUAUCAGACCACCAGGGUGGGCGAUCCCAUGGAUCUGGUGGCCUUGGCGUCCCAGGUACAGAAGGGCGACGACUUCAUCAAAGCCAACGCCUGCAACAAGCUCACGGUCAUCGCAGACCAGAUCCGGUACCUGCAAGAGCAGGCCAGGAAGGUCCUGGAGGAAGCCAAGCGAGACGCAGACCUUCAUCACGCAGCGUGCAACAUUGUCAAGAAACCAGGGAACAUGUACUACCUCUACCAGCGGCCCUCCGGCCAGAAAUACUUCUCCAUCAUUUCCCCCAAGGAAUGGGGGCCCAGCUGUCCGCACCAGUUUGUCGGUGCUUUCAAGCUCCAGUACGACAUGUCGUGGACCCCUGCGGACGAGGUGCCCGGCAGAGAUGCCGAGAUCGCCAUCAUGGACAAACUGCUGAGUCAGCAGGCCGCGCUGCCGGCGUAUACCGAGCCAAACUUCAAGAACCUGACUGAUUAACGGCCUUGUGCGUGACCUGUCCACCGUGCGCUCAGACGCAGCUGAGCAGGGAGGAGGUCCCCACCGGGGUGAACACCUGUGUGUGUGUGUGUGUGAAGGCUGCUGUGGUGCGACUGUGUUUUUAUCCUCAGCAGCAGGUGUUUUUAGUGGUGAAGCUGGUGAGAGGCGGUUCAAGGUGGAAGCCCUGCAGCCUUGGAAGGUCUGCAGAAUGGAGACACUGGACCUGAACUGGCACAAUAAAUGUCUCUGAGUGUCAGAAGCCUUUGUUUUGUGACUGUCACUACCCUGCAGCCUGUCAGUGGAAAAGACGGGCGUUUCAAACUCAAAACAAUGACGAUGAUUCAGCGAAGGAAAGCUGCGUCACAAAGGAAAAUGUGCUUUGGUGAGAACAUUAUUCGCCUGAUCUACAACAGUGAGUCUGGCACGUCUUGCGAAAGCUGCUUUCCCUCUCCGUCACUCGCAUUUCCAAAACGUUGUCUCCAACACUGGAUAUGCAGGAAACAAACCACAGCACAGCAGCCAAUGACACGCCGUCUUUAGUGUGACCUCAUCGAGUGCCGUCCCAAUUCUGAGGGAUGUCAGUCACUUCACUUGGUCAUCAGAGGGAGCUUCACAGU